AUGAUUAAUUUUGAGAAUCAAGCGGAGCUAGACAACGUUAUCAAGCACUUGGAAGCAAAGCAAAAUUAUUGGACAGACAUGCACGAUAUGGGUAAAGAAAAUGAAUUUAUAUCGAUUACCACAGGAGCGCCUUUGAAAGAUUUUCCCAAAAUUCUUGCUUUGUUUUAUAUUUACUACAUUUUAAUACAAAGUGUUAUAUAUACUAAUGAGCAAGUGUACAUAGAGCGCACAAAAAGUCUGGAAGAUCAUGUGCAAGCUAAUGCCAAGCCCUUUGAAAAAAUACUGGAUAAAUAUUACUAUAUAAGUCACUAUAGUUUGAACUGGUAUGCAGCAUUGCACAAAUGCCAUGAGCUGGGCGCUCAGCUUGUUGUUUUACAAAAUCAACAACAAUUCGAUGCCAUUGCAAAGAAAUUGCAUAAGAAGCAACGUUAUUGGUUAGAUCUGAACGAUUUGGCUGAGGAGGGUAAAUUUGUUUCAAUGACUACUGGUCGUGCUGCUAACUUUACGCGUUGGGCUAAAAUUGAGCCAAAUAAUUUAAAUCAUAAUGAGAACUGUGCUCAGCUGCUGUAUGAAAAAAAACAUAAGCAACACUUUCGCAUGAACGAUAACGAAUGCACUGAUUUAUGCCAUUUUAUAUGCGAAACAAAUAGUCCCAGCACAAUCACAAUUGUGGUUUGGUAAUCUUAAUUAUACAUAAACUACAGUAGACGCG